GAAAAAGGUGACGUGAUGGAGUUGACUUUGGAUUUAAGUUCAGCUUAUGUACCAGGAACCAUAUCAGAGUUUCUGAAAGAGGUUUCAAAGAUCAAAUACGGGUUUCAAAGAUUACUGAAGAUUAGUGAUUUUGUUAAAAGAUUGGAAGAUGAAAUGAAGAAAAUCGAUGCCUUUAAACGCGAACUUCCUCUUUCCAUGCUUCUCUUGAAAGAUGUGAUUGAGAGAUUGAAGGAGGAAGAAAUACGGUGUAAGGAAAUGGAGGAUUUAUCAGUGACAGAAGAGUUGUUGUUGCCAUUGAAGAUGAAUUUUGAGGAGAAUGGAAGGGUAGAUAGGGAAAAAGAUGGCGGUGACAAGAAAAACUGGAUGAGUUCUGUUCAACUCUGGAACUCUGAUUCUGACAGCGUUGAUCACAGCAAGAAAUCAAACAAAGUUCCAGAACCGAAACUGUAUUACUAAUGGGAUUGCAUUUAACAGAACCCAAUUGAAUUUUGUAAUGAAAAAAGAUUCAAGGGACAAGUGGAUAAGGAAAAUUUAGGACUUUCUCUCAUGUUUCCAAGUUCUGAAUUGGGUUCUUGUAAGUCAGUUUUGAAGAGCAAUGGCAGCUGUGGAAUUGGUUUUAGCCCUUCCUUGUCUUCAGACCAAAAUCAAAUCAAGUCUCAGACCAAACAUCAACAACGUGAACAGCAGGCGCAUAUGCAGAAUUCUAGGAAACAAAGGCGGUGCUGGUCACCUGAGCUUCAUAGGCUAUUUGUUGAGUCUCUUCAACAGCUUGGAGGUUCAAAAGUGGCAACUCCUAAACAGAUUAGAAAGCUGAUGCAAGUUGAGGGUCUCACCAAUGAUGAAGUGAAAAGCCAUUUGCAGAAAUUCAGACUUCAUUUCCGAAAGCUUCCGGCUUCUUCAGCUGGGCAAGGAAACAGCCAAGAGUCAGCUCAAAAUCAGUGCAAUAAUGAACACAUGAAAGCAAACAUUUCACAAUCUGGAUCUCCACAGGGUCCCCUCCCUGCCGGUGCUCGUGCUAAAGGUCUGCCGAGUACCACCGGUGGUGACAGCAUGGAUGCAGAAGAUGAAAAAUCGGACGGUCACAUUUGGUAUAUAGUCAGAUAAGUUGUUCCCAUGAAU